UGGAGCCCCGAAGCACCAAAGCAUCAUCCUAUCCAAGCCUCCCCUUUAACAAACUGAUACUCUAAUUCACUGAAUAUUAGCUUCAAAUAUAUUGAUGGCACCCAGAAUAACCCUAUAAAGUAGUAAUGUUUAAAGCCAUUUUGGGGAUUGGAAAACAUGCUCCAAGAAGUUAAGGGACCUGCCCAAGAUCAGAGCAGUGGGUGGUGGAAUGAAAUUUUGAACUCAGACCUUCUCUGUCACACAUCCUGCUGCCCUCCUUGGUGGUCAACGUUCAAUACGUUUAAAACGGACGGAAUGAAUGGAACAGCAGUAAUUUCAGACGUUUUCCCUUUCUUAGAAGGCAUGUGUUCUAAAAGUCAGUCCGUCUGUAUUACAUAUGAAUAUUAGCACGUAAAACGUGGUAAGAGUACACAGCCAGCAGUUCCCAAAGUCACAGUUUUCAAAGCGGCAGAGUACUGGGGUCAUGGGAGGUUCACUGUGUGCCACGUGAACCCAGAUACCUGAAUUUAUGUGACACAUCACAAAAGGUUCUUAGCUCAUCCUGCGAUUGCUUACUCUUUCCUCUUGCUGCUUUUUCCCUUUGAGUUGACCAAUUCCAUUUUCUCCACUGCCGGCUGCCUAGCCCUGCUUGCACCUCCUUAACUGGCGUGUGAGUGCACUGAUGAGCAGGAAUCUGCCAGAGAGCCUACUUUCUACGCUGGCCCACUGGACAGGCCUGGGCGCCAGCAUGGGAGAAGUUUCAGGUUGCCCUACCUUUGGGGAGGCAUCAUAGGCCGGUGACCUGUUCUGCCUUAUGUGACUAAGGCAUCUGGCCGAUGAGCAGGCUGGCGAGGCUGCCGAGCGAGGCGGAGGUGCAGCCCUGGGAAACUGAGGACGACCUGGCGGAUGGCGAUUUAGGGUAUGGCCUCGGGAGGAGGCCUGGUGCGGUUUUCCAAGCGCAAGUUUCCCAAUUGUCGACAUCUAGCAAAAGAUCUGAUGGAAAGAACUUUAGCCCUCUCCCGCUUCCAGGAAAGGGGGAAGAAAGAAGGGCCAGUUUUCAGUCUUCCAGGCAUAAGAGCUUGCAGGAUACUUGCCCUAAAGAAUCCGGGCCUUCCUACUACGGACGCCAGAGUAGCAGUGAUUCAAAUUCAGAAUUGUCAAACGCCGAAUUAAAGCAACGUCUUCAUGAUACUUUAGAGGAGGUAGAAAUUUUAAAAACUGAACUUGAGGCAUCGCAAAGACAGCUUGAAGGUAAAGAGGAAGCACUGAAAAUUCUUCAGAGCAUGGCAAUAUUUGGCAAAGCCACAAGUCACACUCAAGUGGUGCUUCAAAAAACUAUGGAACAAAAGAGAUCCUUGGAGAAGGAAGUAAAUGCCUUGCAGUGGGAAAUAGAAUUUGAUCAGAAUAGAUUUAAAAGUAUAGAGGAAUCAUGGACCCAAAAAUAUGACAGGCUAAACUGUGAAAAUGCAGUCCUCCAAGAAGCUUUGAACAUGAAAACAGAAGAAAUUAAAAUGCUCAAGUCAGAAAAUGCACUUUUAAAUCAACAGUAUUUGGAGGCCCUUGCCAUGCUUGAGGUCAAACAGCAGAUGGUAGCUCAGGAAAACAUAUGCCAUGAUAAAAGUGGUUUUACCGAGGUUUCAAGUCUUGAGCUUGCUGUGCUGGGAUCCUGCCUCUGCCAUGGUCUCAGAGGGAGUCCCUGUGCCUGUGCCCAAAUGGCAGCAUCUGCUCGGAAAAUGCUUCUUAAACUCAAACAGGAGUUGGGACUUUUACAGAAGAGUAAAGACGAAGCUUACAUAAUGGCAGAUGCAUUCAGAAUUGCAUUUGAGCAACAAUUAAUGAGGAAAAAUGACCAGGCACUAAGAUUGACACAAAUGGAUAAAAUGUGUAAAAAACCAACAAAAUGGAUAAAUUGGAAGCACCUUAAAGAGGAUGGAUUAUCAUCACAAGGAAGUAAGAAGACCUUAGGGCAGAAACUGUUGGGGAUGCUCCCUUCAGAAAACAGUUCUAAGAAGGUGGAUGACCAGAAUAACCCUGAGCAAGUCUUUAAGAUGCUAAUAGAGUUGUUGAAUGAUAAAGAAGAAGCUCUGGCUCAUCAAAGGAAAGUUAGUUACAUGCUUGCUCGGGCACUGGAAGAGAAAAACACCACCUCAAAUGUGAAUAAGGAAAAAAAUCCCAUGAAAGACAAUUUUGCAUUAAAGUCCUGGGGGAAAUCUUCAGAAUUCCCUGUACUGCAUGAUCCUGUAUAUUCAAGCGUUCAAAUUUUAAAUUCCGUGGGCUGCAUUUGUUCAAUCCAGCACCCUCACAGAGUUCAAAACUGCACAAGAACUCUCAAGAGAUCCUGUUCUUUGCCAUCAAAUAUCAUAUUUUGAAGAUAAACCAGUUGAAAUCAGAACCAAGAGCUAUUUCUAUCGAGAGACUUUAAAAGACUGUACAAAUGUUGCAAUAUCUUCAGAAAUUUUGUAUUUUCUGGGUAUUUUUAAGUUUUAGAAGGCAGCUUAAUAUUAAGUUU